CUCUUUUUUUUUUUUUUUCUCAUCUCCUGCUCUUCUACACCCAGUCACCAUUCCCAAGGAGCAAGCUCCUCUACAUUGUUAUUCUCACCCUUUCCCAAUUUCUCACUUUCUUGUUUUGUUUUGGGCAUGGAUCUCAAGAACUCAUUCUUCUUUGAGCACUUCUCCUUCAAGAGGAGAGUGCUCUCUGGCUUUGGACUAGCUCUACUAGCUUCUCUACUAAUCUUCUCACUGUUCUCCACUCUCAGCUCUCCAUCAACUGUCACUUCUUCAUCCUCCUCCUCUUUCUUCUCUUGGGUUUUCUCCAGUAACUCUGCCUCAAACUCCACCAAGAUUUUAUUGGGUCCAGUGAAUGGCAACUCAUCAUCCGACAUUAGUGCUUCCUCAGAUUUGGGCAUGAAUUCAACUGGUUUGGUGAAAACCCAAAAUGGAAUUUCAUCAAAAGGUAGUUUUUCUGGAAAAGAGCUGGAUUUGGGCAAUGCCCAUCCCAAGAAUUCAACUGGGGAAUCCAGUAAUUCCAGCAGUUUUGUGCGUCAAGAAUCCAUUUUGGGAGCAGUCAAUGGUUCAGUUGAGCAAGUUAUCAUUGAGAAUAAGCCUUUGAACAGUAGCUCCAGUGAUGAAGUAGAAAGGAAGGAUCUUGGAUCAAAUAUUGUAGGAAAUAAGAAUGUAAGCAGUGAUUCUAUUUCGGAGAAAACCCAAGAUGGCAAUUCAUCAAGAAGUAGUUUUUCUGGAAUCGAAAUGGAUUUGGGCAAUGCCUAUUUCAAGAAUUCAUCAGGCAAAACCAAUAAUUCUAGCAGUUUGCUGCCUCAAGUUACUAUUGAGAACGUGCCUUCAAAGAACAGCUCCCAGGCUGGAGUAGAAAAGAAAGUUCUUGGAUCAAAUACUGAAGGAAAUAAUAAGAAUGUUAGCAAUGAUUCUGGUUCUGUAAAAGCGAAGGGAGAGCUUCUCAGUGACAAGUGCAAUAUAUUCAAUGGGAGAUGGGUGAGAGAUGAGACAGAAGCAUUCUAUCCUGGAGGAUCAUGCCCCUAUAUCGAUAUCGAUUUUGAUUGCCACAAGAAUGGGAGGCCUGAUGAUGAGUUCUUGAGAUGGAGAUGGCAGCCUAAUGACUGUGACAUUCCUCGCUUGAAUGCGACUGAUUUUCUAGUAAGAUUAAGAGGGAAAAGGCUAAUUUUUGUGGGCGACUCAUUAAAUAGAAAUAUGUGGGAGUCUCUGGUGUGUAUACUCCGCCAUAGUGUCAAAGAUAAACGCAGAGUCUAUGAAGCCUCUGGAAAACAUAACUUUAAAACAAGAGGGUAUUACUCUUUCAAGUUCAAGGAUUAUGACUGCUCUGUCGACUAUGUACGAUCAACAUUUUUGGUUAGGGAAUUAUAUUUCAAAAAUAAAAAUGGAUCUGAGGACGAGAGGCUUAGAUUAGACCUACUGGACGAAACAACUUCAGCAUACAGAGAAGCUGAUGUAAUAGUUUUCAAUACAGGUCAUUGGUGGACUCAUGAGAAAACUUCUAGCGGAAUUGACUACUACCAAGAAGGUAAUCAUGUGUAUCCGGUGCUCAAGGUCAUGAAAGCUUACACUAAGGCUCUUACUACUUGGGCUAAUUGGGUUGACAAAAAUAUUGACUCCAGCAAAACUCAGGUGGUUUUCAGAGGAUAUUCACUCACUCACUUCAGGGGAGGGCAGUGGAAUUCUGGCGGUCAGUGUCACAAGGAAACUGAACCAAUCUUCAACGAAACUUUCCUCUCAAAAUACCCUGCAAAGAUGAGAGCUGCUGAGAGUGUUUUUGAGCAGAUGAAGACACCGGUGAUUUACCUCAACAUCAGUAGGCUUACUGACUAUAGGAAAGAUGGGCAUCCUUCAAUAUACAGAAAAACAUACAAAACAACUGAAGAGCAUAAAGCUGCAGAGAUGACUCAGGACUGCAGUCACUGGUGCCUGCCAGGAAUACCAGACACAUGGAACGAGCUGCUCUACGCUUCUCUACUCCUGAAUGGCAAAGGAUCAUGGAGGCUAUGAAUUUAACUCAUGCAUUUUAGAGAUGAUGACAAGGAUUAUGUCGAAGAAAAGGAAAAGGGAAGACCACCUAACAGGAGUUGCUCAAACUCGAUAACCAUUUUUUGAUUUUUAUCGAAGAUGUCAAAUUCCUGAAUUCAAGCAUUGGUGCAUACACAAUUCUAUACUGAGGUUUUGUCCCAUCCUCCUACCCCUUAAUUGUUUGAACAUGACCGAAAUUUGAGAGGCUUUCACUCUGAGGAAGUUUUGCUUAUAAUGUAAUAAAUAUAGGCUUUGUCAUUACCAAUGAGAAAUUUUAAAUUUUGUAUGUA